AUUUAAAAAGAAAAAGUAUUAAGUAUUGAGGAUAAAAUACGAUUGACGCAUUUAAAGUAUCUAUCUUUAAUAAUUAAAGUAUUUCUAACGAAUUAUGACUUCAACAAGUAACGCAACUGAUCCUUUACAAGAAAGUUCUGUUUCGGAAAGUACAGAAUCAACUUUUGGAAGCGAAACUGCAACUGAAGCAAGUGAAACCGUAAAAAGAGCAAAGUAUCAAUCGAAAAUCACUUCAAAUAAAAAAAAUAGUAAUGCUGCAAAAAGGAUUCAAAGAGAGUUGGCAGAUAUAACGUUAGACCCCCCUCCUAAUUGUAGCGCUGGACCGAAAGGCGAUAACUUGUAUGAUUGGGUAGGUACAAUAUUAGGGCCAAAGGAUUCAGUUUAUCAAGGUGGUGUAUUUUUCUUAGAAAUCACAUUUCCCCAAGAUUAUCCUUUCAAGCCACCAAAAGUAAUUUUUCGGACAAGAAUAUAUCACUGUAACAUUAACUCACAGGGUCAAAUAUGCUUGGAUGUUUUAAAAGACAACUGGAGUCCAGCUUUUACUGUUUCAAAAAUUUUACUAUCUGUCAUUGCUCUUUUGACGGAAUGCAAUCCAGCUGAUCCAUUAGUUGGUAAUAUUGCUCAUCAAUUUCUUACGAACCGCGAGGAGCAUGAUUCACUAGCUCGUGACUGGACAAGGCGAUAUGCGACAUAGUACCAUUCGUUAUUAAUUGGUAAUAUUGCUCGUCAUUUUCUCAACAAUCACGAUGGACAUAAUCAGCCAAAUCUAAAAAAUCUAUAAUGCUGAAUAAACAUAAAUUCUAAAAAAUC